AUGGUUGUCGACGUCAGCGAAGAUGAUGAGCAGCUGCCCCGCAUUAAAGAGGAACAGCAGGAAGUGGACAUCAGUCAGGACGAGGACGGGGACGAGGACGAGGCUGCGUUACCGCUCAUUCAUGUGAUUGUCAAGAGUGAAGAUGACGAAGAGGACCGAGAUGAAGCUCACUGCUCCCGACACAGCGAAAGUGAGGAGCGCAGACGAGUGCUGCAAACGCAAGCCGACCUGUCGAUGUCGCACUCUGAUGAGGAGGAGGAGGAGGAAGAGUCGAGCUUGAAACGUUUUCAGUGCGACAAAACCUUUGCGGACUCAACUACUUUGCGAAAACACGUGCAAAGUCACACGGGAGAAAAAAGCUUCAGUUGUCCGUUUUGCGGCAAAGGCUUCCCCAGAAAGAGUAAUUUAAAGCUCCACGUGAGAACGCACACGGGAGAGAAACCUUUCCCCUGCCCGCUUUGCGGCAAAAGAUUCUCCGAAAAGGGAAAUUUGAUGAAACACGCCAGCACGCACACGGGAGAGAAACCGUUCACAUGCUCGGUCUGCGGGGAAAGAUUCUCCCGGAAAGGCAACUUGGCCACGCACGCGCGAACUCACACCGGAGAGAAAACCUUCGCCUGCGCCGCCUGCAGGACCAGCUUCAGUCUGCGUUCGGCGCUUUUGAGGCACAUGAGGACGCACACCGGCGAAAAACCCUUUUCCUGCUCCCUUUGCGCGCAAACCUUUUCCCAGAAAGGACAUCUGAUGAGACACACGAGGACGCACAGCGGAGAGAAACCCUUUCCCUGCUCAAUUUGCGGCAAAAGAUUCUCCCAAAAGGGCAGUUUGGCGACGCACAAGACGACGCACGCCGCGGAGAAACCCUUUUCCUGCUCCGUUUGCGCUCAACCCUUCUCCCAAAAGGGAAACUUGAUGAAGCACACGAGGAAACACACAGGAGAGAAACCCUUCACUUGUCAAGUUUGUCAGCUAAAAUUCACACACAAGUAUCAGCUCAACAAGCACAAAUGUGCUGCUGAGGAGAGCAGCAAUAAAUGA